CAGCUCCCGCGUCCUCUUCACCUUUCCCUUUUCUCUUUUCCCUCUCCGCAAUAAAUAGAAACGGACAGAAAUUCGGACUCGCGGCACCUGAUUUUUGCUCCUUCCCCACAGUUUUGAGUCCCGGAGUUUGGCCGCCCAGAUCGAGAUCCCCGUGCUUGCUCUUCUUAAGCUCACGAUCGUCGGGGAGGUCGCAAAAUUUGGGGGAAUCAUGAAUUUUAGAGCAGGAACGACGGAUGGGAUUGUUCUCUUCUUUGAAAAGAGCAGAGCUCGAAGUUGUUGCUCACGAAAACAAGGAAUUGAUAAUUCUUUAGCAUGAUGCAGCUUUUUCUUCCCUGUUAGGGUAUAUCAAUUGGAUAUAACUUCCUUCCACAAGAGAAUGAAAAGAAGAAACCUCCAGCAGAUGCAACAGAACCAAUGGAAGUACAAAAUUAUUGCUUUCCUGUUGAUCACUUGUUGUCUAGGGAGCUUUGUGUUGAUGCAUAUGUGGCACAACCGCAUUAAGCUCCAGUUAUUAUCUCGGGAGCCUAAGAUUUCAUUUCUUUUUAUAGCACGGAACCGGCUCUCUUUAGAUCUUGUCUGGGAUGAGUUUUUUCAGGGAGCAAAAGAGCCUCUAUUUUCAAUAUUUGUUCAUUCAAGGCCUGGGUUUGUGUUUAGCAAGGCAACAACAAAGUCGGCAUAUUUUCUUGGCCGUCAAGUCAGUGACAGCAUACAGGUAGAUUGGGGGGAGGCCAGCAUGAUUCAAGCUGAGCGUAUUUUGCUUCAGCAUGCCUUGAAGGAUCCACUAAAUCAAAGAUUUGUUUUUCUGUCUGAUAGUUGUAUUCCCUUGUACAACUUCAGCUACAUAUACGACUACAUAAUGUCUUCAUCAACAAGUUUUGUUGACAGCUUUGCUGACACAAAACAUGGUCGAUAUAAUCCAAAAAUGCAUCCAAUAGUCCCUGUUACUAGUUGGAGGAAGGGAUCCCAGUGGACUGUUUUGAUCAGAAAACAUGCUGAGGUCAUAGUGGAGGAUGAAGUGGUUUUUCCAGUUUUUCAGCUGCAUUGCAAGCGGAGGUCACUUCCAGAGUUUUGGAGGGAUAAACCCUUUCCUGCGGAUCCAUCCAAAGAGCAUAACUGCAUACCUGAUGAACAUUAUGUCCAGACACUUUUGGCACACAAGGGGCUUGAGAAGGAAAUAACUAGAAGACCGUUGACCCACUCUGCAUGGGAUUUGUCAGCCUCAAAAGAUCCUGAAAGACGAGGAUGGCAUCCACUUUCCUACAAAUUUUCAGAUGCUACAGCAAAACUUAUUCAAGACAUAAAGGCAAUUGAUAAUAUACACUACGAGACCGAGAACAGAAGAGAAUGGUGCAGCAGCAAGGGCCGACCAUCCGCAUGUUUUCUUUUCGCCAGGAAAUUCACUCGGCCUGCUGCACUCCGCCUUAUUAAUACGGCUCUGUUGAAUUUCCAGUAGUAUUAUUCUUGCAUUGAGAAAGCCGGUGAUGGUUUUGUAUCUGCUGUCUAUUACAAAAACCCCGAUGGCAUCAUCAAACAACGUCAACCGCAGAAGCUGCUUAUUCUCCUUACAGCACCCCCCUAGCCUUGAACAGUUUAUUCCGCCAACUCUUCCAUCAACAAAAUAAGUAGCCAUACUGGCGUCAUAGGAGAGUAUCAUAUGUUCUUGUGUGUGCUAAAUAAGAUGAGCUGUGCAUCUUGACGAAACCAAAGGAGAAAAAGGAUUGUUUGUAUGCGAAAAAUAAAGCAAGUGCACUCUGCAUCCUCGAUA